CCCACCCUCCCCCCCCGCCCCCGCCGUCAACACCUCCGAGCCGAGCCUGCCACGCGAGGCGUCAUCAUCCGUUACCUCAGCGUACACCAGCAUCGACAACCGAGCCUCUGCAAGCAGCGCUCCGACAACCCAAGGCGUAGACAAGACAGAAGUCCGGACCUCAGGCGGCAUCGGGACCACUGACAUCAGUGUCUCCAGUGCGACGACGCGGUCUGAGUGAACAUCGUGCUUGCGAAAGGAAACCGACGUUUCCGUGCCAAGCUGGUCGCCGUCGCCCAAAUCCCCUUGGCUUCAUUACGAAAGUGCCUUCAACAUCGAUACUGUACUGUCAGCUUGCCGGGCUCGGGCGGUGAGAACCGCCCAUUAGGAUCUAGCCAUGGAGUCCGCUAUUGCCGGCGCUGGACUUGGCCGCUAUCGACGUAUCGUACAGAUGUUCUGGGACCCAGAGCCGGUCAACGACGUCGUCGCAGAUCAGCCGGCAUGGUGUCUCGGGCGGUCUUAUAGGUUGUCUGAUAAGUCCGUCGCUGGUCCUGCCAAAGGCCACGACGAGAACGAAAACAAAGACCACGACGGAAAUGACACUGCCCACUCGAGCCCUCGAAUGGGCUCGCACCUGCUAUCUCCGCAGGCGCCGAAGGCUCUCAUUUCCGAUUUAUCUGCUAUAGCAUCGGACACACCUCCCGCGUCAUCAUCGGCCAGCCUUUUGUCUUCACUCGCAUACGAGGAGUCGACCUGUGAUGGUAGCGGCGGCUGGCCUCAAGGCUUUCUCGAAGACUUCGGUUCCAGAUUCUGGAUGACGUACAGGUCCGAAUUCGCCCCGAUACAGAGGUCCACAGAUCCCAAAGCGACAUCAUCGUUAUCAUUUUCUGUGCGUAUUAUGAGCCAACUUAGCGAGCAUGACGGCUUCUCUUCAGAUAGUGGAUGGGGCUGCAUGAUCAGGUCCGGUCAGGGGCUCUUGGCCAACACACUGUCCAUUAUACGGCUCGGGAGAGAUUGGCGUCGGGGGGAAUAUUUGCACGAAGAACGCCUCAUAGUCAGCCUCUUUGCUGAUGACCCGCGUGCACCGUAUUCCAUACAUCGUUUCGUUGACCACGGCGCUAUUGCGUGUGGCAAGUAUCCAGGAGAGUGGUUUGGUCCAUCUGCGACAGCGCGGUGCAUACAGGCUCUGGUAAAUACAAACGACACAAGUCUUCGGGUGUACUCAACUGGCGACGGCCCCGACGUUUACGAGAAUAGCUUCAUGAAGAUUGCAAAGCCGGAUGGUGGUGGAUUUCACCCGACGCUCAUUCUCGUGGGGACUCGCCUCGGGAUCGACAAAAUAACACCAGUAUACUGGGAGGCGCUUAUCGCGUCCCUUCAAAUGCCCCAGUCCGUUGGCAUCGCUGGCGGUCGACCAUCGUCCUCUCACUACUUCGUAGGCGCUCAAGGCCAGUAUCUGUUCUACUUGGAUCCCCACCACACACGGCCGGCCCUACCAUAUCACGCCGAUACCAACCAAUAUACCGGUGACGAAAUUGAGUCGUGCCACACCACUCGAUUGCGCAGAAUUCACAUUCGGGAAGUCGACCCCAGCAUGCUGAUCGGCUUUCUUAUUCGGAGCGAAGAGGAUUGGUCGGACUGGAGACGGUGCGUAAAGCACGUCCAGGGGAAAGCCAUCAUCCAGGUUGCGGAUUGCGACCCGGUAACGCAGGCCCCGCUCGGCCAGAGGAGAGCCGCGAUCGAUGAAGUGGAGCCAUUCAGUGAUGAAGAGGAUGACGGAACGAUUUCCACAGUGUAGAGCUGUCUUCCUACACGUGCAUACGUGUAUCGGCGUCUGGUGUCGGGUGCUGGCCGUGUUGGCCUAAUUUUGCAUUCGCGGUUGUUCCAGAUACCAGGGCGACUUGAAUUGUUCGCCUAGUCAACUACCCGGGGUAUUACUAGCCAGCUGAAAAUUGGUAUCGCUCUACGUUCCCUUCUUCCCCCUUACCUUGCUGGAGGAGUCUGUGCCGUGCGACCCUGGUGCAGCAUGGCCCUGGUCUCGGAUAUGUCUGAAAAGCUUUGUCCUGGACUCGAAAUGACCCCGACAGACGGAACAUUGGUGCUGUUUGCAGGAUGAGUGGUGGUUGAGAGCAGUAGGCUGAUGGGUCUUACCUCAGUAGCUGCGCCCCCGGAGCGGGCUGCUGCUUUCCUUGCCCUUUUCGCCUUGGCCUUGCCAACUUUGACUUGGCCAAUCGCGUCCUCGGUGAGCGACAUGUGAUGGGUCGAGUUCACUAUGUCGUCGUUGAUAUCCAGCGUCGAGCGGGUGGAAUCCCCCCCUCCCCCAACAGUCGGCGCAAGUCGCUCUUCGACAAUGACCCUAGGCGCAUAGUCUUCGUCACCGGAUGGCGGCAACGACGAGCUCUCAGACGAUGCCAAGGUUGUUGAAGCGUCCUUAUCAUGGAGUUUGACGUGGCUGUCGAUCGCAGAUUCAUCGAUGUCCUUGCCGUUUUCUCCUUGUUCUCUUAUUUUUGAGGCGGCGGUGCUGCGACUCCCAUCUCGCCCAGGGUCAUGAGAGGUGUCAGGAGUUAGAUCCAGAUCGGCACCCUCCUUUUCCAUUUGGCGCCGCAGUUGUUGCAUUGCCUUGAUAUGCUUUUUGCUACGCUCGUGGGCCGCCAGCUGUUGAACGCUCUUGAAAGUCUUGUUGCAAACAAUACACUCAAGAAGUUGGAC